ACCACAAAAUGUCAAAGAAUAUCACGUUGUCAAUAAAAUAAUUUGUUUGUGCUCCAUCCAUUGUUCAAUAGUACAAUAAAUAUAAUCUCUAGUUGAAAAAUACCAUUCAUUGCCUUUCUGAUAACCUUAAGGUGAUGAUACCCUUUCAAGUGUCCAUCUGAAGAUUUCCUAAAGUGUACAUGUGAGUUAACAAAAAUGUCCGAAUCCGAAACUACGAAUGGUGAAAACGCAGCGCCAGUGGCUGAACCUGAACAAAUAAUCGAAAAACGCAUCGGCUGUGCACAUUAUAAGAGGCGUGCUAAGUUUGUGACUCCAUGCUGCAACAAGCUGUAUAUGUGCCGCUACUGUCACGAUGAGAAGGAAGAACACUACUUCAACAGGAAGUCGGUGACAGAGCUCAUCUGCACAGAGUGUGAUACCAGACAGAAAGUGCAGGCCGAGUGUUCUAACUGUGGAGUUCGGUUUGGCAAGUACACAUGCCUGAUCUGCAACCUGUUUGACGAUGAAGACAAGAAGCAGUACCACUGUGAAGGCUGUGGGAUAUGUCGUGUUGGAGGCCGCGAUAGAUUCUUCCACUGUGAGCGAUGCAACAUGUGUCUACCAGUUCAGUUGCAGCGUGUGGGACACAGGUGUGUGGAGAAUGUGUCUCGUGCCAACUGUCCGGUGUGUUUGGAAGACAUCCACACGUCACGCAUCCCGUGCCACAUCCCGGACUGCGGCCACUUGCUGCACCGGCCGUGCUUCGAGCAGAUGCUGAAGUCCGGCCACUACGCCUGCCCCACCUGCCAGACCAGCAUGAUCGACAUGACCAAUCUAUGGAACUACUUGGAUUCGGAAGUGGCGGCCACUCCCAUGCCCCCAGAGUAUGCUGACUACAAAACCACCAUUUUGUGCAAGGAUUGUCACAAGCUUUCAACAGUAAAGUUUCAUGUGGUUGGACUGAAGUGUCAGCAUUGCGGUGGAUAUAACACGUGUCAGACUAAUGGAUUCCACAAGGACACUGGCAGUUCAGAACAAUGCGAGUCAUCCUCGCCUUCAUCGUCGUCAUCAACAUCCUCCUCCAGCAGAAGCGGUUCAUCAUCAGCGACCUUCGAACCGCGCGAGGAGAGGCACACGGAGGAAGCCAGUGAUGACCUGCCGCGGGCAAACCCCAUGGACGAACCACCACAAGCCUGACCCUAGGCUUGACCCGAGCUUAAAUAUAGGCUUGGCCCAAGCUCAGGCUAAAGUCUGACUCUAAGCUAAACUGUCAGCUUGAAUCAAGCCUGAGCUUAGACUAGAACCAAGUCUGAAUUCACUCUUGACCCAAGCUCAGGUUUAAGUCUGACCCUAGGCAUAUCUGAAGCCCUCAUCAUCAUUAACGUCCGCCAGCAGAAGGGGUUCAAUCAUCUGUAACACUUGGCCCAAGCCUUAGCUUAUUCUUGAUCUAAGCUUAACUGCAAGCUUGACCUAAACUCAACUUUGAGUUUGUCCCUAAGUAUGUCUCAAGCCCUCAUCACCAAGAGAGACAAAUGAUGAAGCCAGUGAUGACCUAGCGCGGGCCAACCCAACGGACAAACCACCACAAGCUUGACCCUAGGCUUGACCCAAGCUUGACUUGACCCUAGGUGUGUUCCAAACCCUUAUUAUCAUUAGCAUCCUCCAGCAGAAGCAGUUCAUCUUUUGUAACACUUGACCCAAGCUCCAUUGUAGGCUUGAUCCAAACUUAACUCUCACUUGACCUAAGCUCCAUUGUAGACUUGACCCAAGAGUGACUGUCACUUGACCCAAGGUCUAUUGUAGGCUUGACCAAGCUUAACAGUCGCUUGACCCAAGAUACAUUGUAGGCUUGACCCAAGAUACUAGGGUGAACCCAGGCUCAGGCUAAAUAGUGCUGCAUAUCAAAGGAGAUUCUAAUGCCACUACAAUACUACUUUAAAACUUAUUUGUAAUAUAUGAUAUUGAGUGACUGCAUUAUUUGGAUAGAAUAAGAUAAAUUAAAUGUGAUCAUACUUCUGUACCAC